AGUCAUGUUUGGGAUUCUAGGGUUUAACGCCGCCAUGGGAAAAAGGCAGAAGCAAGUAGUUCCCAGCCCAAGCAAGUCCCCACCAAGAGAAAACUUGAAGGAGAUCCCAGCUGAUGUCUUGGUUGACGUAUUCUCAAGAUUGCCAUUGGAAGACGUUGCGAGGUGUCGUUGCGUGUCAAAGCACUGGUCGUUUGUACUGCGUCGUCAAGAUUUCACCCAACUGUACCUGGAAUUGUCAUCGGCUCGGCCUCGUAUCUUAUUCACCUUCGUGCACGAGGGCAAGCGGAUCUUCUACUCCAUACCUCAGGAUCUAGAUCCAGACCGCGACUACUCCACUCCUAUAUCUCCCCAUUACCAGAUGCAUUUUCCUAUAAAGGUUUGGGUUCUUUUCAUGAUGCGUGUCCCUCUAUACGUGGCUUCAUCUGUAACAAAUCUAGGAAGCCGAUGAUCUGUAACCCUAGCACAGGACAAUACAUAUCUUUACCCAUAGGGACAACCAGGGGAAAUCAGAUGAGACCCUAUUUCGGAUAUGAUCCUGUCGGCAAAGUCUUCAAGGUAUUUUGCGUGUCCGAUGAUUUUGUGUGUCGAGUUGCAACAUUAGGAACAGAAGUAGUGACCUGGAGAAGGGUCGAAUGUUUGAUACCCCAUUGGUCUUUACAUUCUGAGAUAUGUAUCGACGGGGUGUUGUAUUAUUUGGCUGGGUGCUUGGAAGAUGGAACUCGUCUAGGUUAUAGGGUAGUAUGCUUUGAUGUUAAGUUGGAGAAAUUGAAGUUUGUAAGUGGUGUUGUUGGGUCAUUAAUUAUGUAUUCAUCUUUCAUAAACUACCAUGGUAAGCUGGGCAUAUUGUUUCCGAGUUCGAGUAACAUGGAAAGUAUUGAUCUGUGGGUUCUAGCGGCUGUUGAAACCAAAUUAGUGAAAUGGUCGCAUACUGUCCACGAAUUCCCAGAUUGUUGGUUUGAUUUUGUUGCCGAUGUCGACAUAAAGAUUGCCGGGAUGACUAGUGCAGGUGAAAUCAUACUCUCGACAUGCUCUCUAGUGGAACCUUUCUACGUGUUCUACUUCAAUGUAAACAAGAAUACUCUUGUUAAAGUAGAGAUCGAUUUCGGAAUUGUAGCUAAGAAAGCUUCCAACUCAAAGGUUUCGACAUUGAUAAACCAUGUGGAGAAUGUAGAGCUUAUGGAUUAGGACUUUAUAAUAUAUGUAGCUUGCCUACUAUAUAAGUUUAUUGUUGCAUCCAUCUUGUAUCAAUGUUUGUUGUAACCUUGUA